GGUGGGGUGAGGUGGCAGAGCGUCCUGUUCUUUCCGCGACCCUUCGCAAUUAACUGUCAAAUCAACCAACAUUAUUCUGCUGCAUUGUACGCCGAGGACAACGCUUGAAACAGAGAAGCUGGUCGUGAAGCCCGACCAGCUGAUCAAGCGCCGAGGGAAGCUGGGUCUCAUCAAGGUCGGCACCGACCUCGCCGGCGCCAAGGCAUGGGUCGGCGAGCGCAUGAACAAGGACCAGAAGGUGGGUAAGGCAGUGGGCAAGCUACGGACCUUUAUCAUCGAGCCAUUCCUGCCACACGAGCAGAAGGAGGAGGCGUACGUGUGCAUCUAUUCCCACCGUGGAGGCGAUACCAUUCUCUUCACACACGAGGGCGGAGUGGACAUAGGAGAUGUGGAUGCAAAGGCUCUGAAGCUUGACCUGGAGAUUGAAGACCAGCUCUCUGUGGAGCAGGUCAAAGAGAAGCUUUUGGUACAUGUGGAGAGUGGACCCAGGAAGGAAAAAGCAGCUGCCUUCAUCAAAGCCCUGUACGAUCUCUAUGUUGAACUGUGCUUCACAUACCUGGAAAUCAACCCACUAGUGAUUACGUCAGACAAUGUCUACAUCCUAGACUUGGCAGCCAAGCUUGAUGCAACAGCUGAGUUCAUGUGCAAGACCAAGUGGGGGGAUGUGGACUACCCUCCUCCCUUCGGCCGGGAUGCAUUGCCCGAGGAAGCAUUCAUUGCCGAUCUGGAUGCUAAGAGUGGCUCGUCUCUUAAGCUCACAAUUCUGAAUGAAAAGGGUCGCAUUUGGACAAUGGUGGCAGGUGGUGGUGCUUCUGUUAUUUAUGCGGACACCAUAUGUGAGCUUGGUGGAGCCCCAGAGCUGGCCAACUAUGGAGAGUACUCUGGUGCCCCCUCUGAGCAGCAGACUUACGAGUAUGCGAAGACUAUCUUGACUCUCAUGACGAAAGAGAACCACCCUGAUGGCAAGAUCUUGAUCAUUGGAGGUGGCAUUGCUAACUUCACAAAUGUGGCAGCUACAUUUAAGGGAAUUGUGCGUGCCCUGCAGCAGUAUCAGGCCAAGCUCAUUGAGGGAAAAGUUAGCAUAUUUGUGCGAAGAGCUGGACCAAAUUAUCAAGAGGGUCUGCGCAUUAUGAGAGAAGUGGGCAAGACCCUGGGCAUCCCUGUCCACGUCUUUGGCAAUGAGACGCACAUGACUGCCAUUGUAUCCAUGGCUCUUGGCAAGAGGCAGAUCCCAACUGAGCCAACAGGGGAGAGUCACACAGCCAACUUCCUGCUUCCAGGAGGACAGAAUGCUGCGGUUAUGAAGGCUCAAGAUGCAAGUGAUCAAUCGCCUCGUCCAGCGCGAAAGGCCAGUACUUCCGAGCCAGAGCCUGCUGUGAAGUCUGCCCAGAAAGAGUUAAAGCAACUAUUCCACAAGGAUACAAAAGCCAUUAUCUGGGGCAUGCAGACAAGGGCCGUUCAGGGCAUGCUGGACUUUGACUUUGUCUGCUCAAGGUCGGAACCCUCGGUGUCAGCUAUGGUUUACCCCUUCACAGGAGACCACAAGCAGAAGUUCUACUGGGGCCACAAAGAGAUCCUCAUUCCAGUGUACAAGAACAUGGCUGAUGCAAUGAAAAAGCACCCUGAUGCUGAUGUCCUGAUCAACUUCGCCUCACUGCGAUCUGCGUACGACUCGACCAUCGAAACUCUUGCUUUCCCACAGAUCCGCACUAUUGCCAUCAUUGCUGAGGGUAUUCCUGAAAACCUGACUCGUAUCUUGAUCAAACGUGCAAAUGAAAAGGGAGUGUCUAUCAUCGGCCCAGCCACAGUGGGUGGAAUCAAGCCAGGUUGCUUUAAGAUUGGCAACACUGGUGGUAUGAUGGACAACAUCUUGCACUCUAAGCUUUAUCGUCCUGGCAGCGUUGCCUACGUGUCACGUUCUGGUGGCAUGUCCAAUGAGCUGAACAACAUUAUCUCGCACAAUACUGAUGGUGUUUAUGAGGGAGUAGCCAUUGGUGGAGACCGAUACCCAGGAACCACAUUCAUGGACCAUCUCCUCCGCUACCAUGAUAACCCAGAGGUCAAGAUGUUGGUGCUGCUGGGUGAAGUAGGAGGUGUGGAGGAGUAUGAGGUCUGCCAAGCUUUGCAGAAUAAGCGCAUCACCAAGCCCAUUGUUGCUUGGUGUAUCGGAACGUGUGCUGGUAUGUUCUCCUCUGAGGUGCAGUUCGGCCAUGCGGGAGCUUGCGCAAAUGCUGAACGAGAAACUGCUGUGGCCAAGAACAAGGCUCUGGCUGAGAGUGGUGCCAAAGUUCCUGUCAGUUUUGAUGAGCUGGGGGAGAUGGUCCACCUUGUGUACAGGAGUCUGCUAGAAGAAGGAAUCAUUGUGCCCAAAGAGGAGGUUCCACCCCCCACUGUGCCAAUGGAUUACAACUGGGCCAGGGAACUUGGCCUCAUCCGCAAACCAGCUUCCUUCAUGACUUCCAUUAGUGACGAGCGAGGCCAGGAACUUCUCUAUGCUGGCAUGCCCAUUUCUGCUGUCUUGGAGCAAGGUCUGGGCAUUGGUGGCACCCUGUCCCUCCUCUGGUUCCAGCGCCGUCUACCUCCUUAUGCCACAACCUUCCUGGAGAUGUGCUUGAUGGUUACAGCUGACCAUGGGCCUGCUGUGUCAGGUGCUCACAACACCAUUGUCUGCACCAGGGCUGGGAAGGAUCUUGUGUCAUCCCUUGUGUCUGGGUUGUUAACCAUUGGUGACCGAUUUGGAGGUGCUCUUGAUGGUGCUGCCAGGCAGUUUAGUGAGGCCUUUGACAAGGGUCUUUUGCCAAUGGAGUUUGUGAAUGACAUGCGUAAGAAGGGGCAGCUUAUUAUGGGUAUUGGACACAGGGUGAAGUCACUCAACAACCCAGACAAGCGAGUAGAAAUCAUCAAGAACUUCGUAAAGCAGGAGUUCCCUUGCACGCCUCUCCUCGACUAUGCACUCGAGGUGGAGAAGAUCACCACCAGCAAGAAGCCCAACCUCAUCCUCAACGUAGAUGGCGUCAUCGGAGUGUCAUUUGUCGACCUCUUAAGGAACUCUGGGUCAUUUACCAGGGAAGAGGCAGAAGAAUACGUGAACAUUGGCACCAUCAAUGGGCUCUUUGUUCUUGGUCGCUCAAUGGGCUUCAUUGGCCACUACCUGGAUCAGAAGAGGCUGAAGCAGGGCCUGUACCGCCACCCCUGGGAUGAUAUCUCUUACGUCAUGCCAGAGCACUAUGCCUCUUAAGCAUCAUGUGGAGUCUCGUGCCAUCCCUUUCCGAGGCUUCUUCUUCUCCCUUUCUUUCCUUUUUCCUUCAAUUUUGAGAAGAUACCUAAGCUUCAGGGUGCAUAGAACUACCUUCUUGAGUAGGAGAGCAGAUUAAAUUUUCUUGAAACGUUUUAAGUGGCUGAUGGUAAGCCAAGAAAAGGUGCGAUAGUGGCAGUAGUGGUUGCAGCAUAGAAUCUGCUUGUGCAUUUUAGAAAUGUUGGAGAGUAAUUUUAGA